AUGUGGUGCAAGGGAUUGCCCAUGGCUGCGUCGACGGCCCCUUACUCGCCUUUCACCACCACGCUGUCGAAUGGCCUGCGAGUAGCCACCCAGAAGACCACCAACUCGGCUGCCACAGUGGGUCUGUAUGUGGAUGCUGGGUCAAGGUUCGAGACCCCUGACAACCACGGCAUUGCUAACUUUGUGGAGCAUCUGAUGUACAAGGGCAAGGCCGCCGGUGCCAUGGCCAAAGUGGGAGGCGAGCUGGGUGCUUGGACUGGCCGAGAAAUCACUAGCUACUACGCACGCACCUCAGCUGCCAAGGCUGCCGAUGCUGUGGGUGUUCUGGGCGGGUGCCUCACAAACCCAACAUUCUCCGAUGUCGACAUGGCCGCUGCACAGCGAGAGGUGUUGAUGCAGAUGAGUGCGCAGGACCAGGACAAGGAGGCCGUUGCCAUGGACUACCUGCACUCAACCGCAUACCAGGGCACAGCACUAGCGUCUCCCGUGCUUGGCCCCACAUCGAAUGUGCAGCAAUUCACCCAGGCUGAUGUAUCUACCUACCUGAAGAACAACUUCACCGGACCUCGCAUUGUACUAGCGGCCUCUGGUAACGUUGACCACGAUGCACUGGUUAAGGCGGCUGAGAAGGCCCUGGGCUCCCUCUCCUCUGAGGAGGGCGCGCACUUGGUGGACCCACCCCGCUUCACUGGCUCUAUGGUCAACUUCCGUGACGAUGAGAUGCCCUACUGCUACGCCGCCCUGGGUCUACAGGCGGUGGGUGCCAGUCAUCCCGACUACUUCGCACUGUCUGUGGCUGCUGAGAUGAUUGGUCAGUGGGACCAUUCGUUCUCCUUCGCCGACAACAGAGGCUCCAAGCUGACCUCCGAGCUUAUCACAGUGCGCGUUGUCUUGGAGUUCCAGCUCUUUCAGACGAUCACUUACACGCCAAGCAUAACCGGUUGGUUACGUAUUAUGUGCACCGCCUGCCCGGAAGUAUACACUGAGCGUGCCAAGAACACUCUGAAGAACAACAUGCUUCUCUCGCUCGAGAGCUCUACUGCUGCGGCUGAUGACAUCGGUCGUCAGAUGCUUGCAUACGGCCGUGUGAUGCCACAGAAUGAGAUUGUGAGCCGAAUCGAUGCGGUCACUACUGCUGAGGUGCAGUCUGUGCUGGUGAAGUACAUCUACGACCAGUGCCCCGCCGUAGCCGUUGUGGGACAAACGGAGGCCGUGCCUGAUUACAACAGAAUCAGAUCCGGACAAUUCUGGCUGCGUGUCUAG